CUUAACCUUGACAAUCGAUACAUACAUUGUCGCUAUUCAACACCAACUCUUGUCUUGAAGUCCAAUUACCGCAUUCAAGGGCGAAUCCUUCUAGUACAUCUGCAAGGUUCUGGGGAUUGCGAAGUGCGAUACGAUAAAGCUGCUCUGGAAAUCGCCAACCAAAACUGGAAAGAAAUUUAUGAAGAUACGAAAGAAAGUACAGAAGAGGCGUUUGGUCAGUUCGUCACGUCGGUGCUGCAGUCUGUUUUUAAUUUGGUACCCUAUAAAGAUGUAUUUCCUCAGUAAAGUUUCUGAAGAAGAAAAGUACUACAUAUGGUUGCUAUUUAACCAAUUGUACCUUCCGAUUGAAUGUUAAUUGACAGUGUCAUCUUAAGGAUAUCUGAGCCAUUAAGCUACUCGAGCAAAAGGGCUUCCGCCUCAUUUUUACUUUCUCGUCUUUACUUCGUAAGAAGUAUUGUAAUCGUGCGCCAAAAAAAAAGCGAAUUUUCGACCGAAAAACACUAUUGUCAGGCCGUGGUACUAAAAACGGGUAAAUCUCAAAAUAUAAAAAAUUCAAAAUAUAGAAAAUUACUUCAACUCGUCGUGUAGUCAGAAUCCAUGUUUUGUGAGUCCUUGAUAUCACACGAAUCAGUUUUAUGGGUCUCGAGGUAUCUCCAUCACUGGGGAACUGCCCUGAUGGAACGAGCUCUUCUCUUCCGGCGUUUUUGGUAGUGUUGUGCGUGUGCGGGUGUCAGAAGACAGGAAAUGAGGAGGAAGAUUGCGUGGGGUCAGUGGCCUGUUUAUUAAGGUUCUGCUCUGGCAUUCGCCUCGGAGAGCUAUCAACCACUGCAACCGGCCGCUAGAAUUCUCCAGAUAACGUCUGAAUUCCAAUCUCUGUUACUAGUAACGAAAGUAGUCAUUCGGGAGUAGAAUUGGAACCAGAACCGACUUUAUUAGAAAUCAGCAUUUUGAUAUUUGGUAGUUAUAAUUUACUUGGUGAUUGAAUGUAAGAAAUAAAUUUAAUGAAAUAAUUCUUUGGAAUUUUUGCUUUAGAUAAGGUGAACAACCGCGAAACCAAAAAAAUCUCUUCACAUGCCCUAGACGUUCGUAACAUUUGCAUUGAACAGCCUAAGAACUAAGUUUUAAUAUUAGCCAUAGAGCAAGAUUUAAUAAUUUCUGGUAUACUAGACAUUUCUGUGUUGAAGGAAAUUCCAAAUCUUUUUCUGACAAUUAUUCAUUUGGAAAACAGUGGAAUUCAAAGGCCUUUUUAAAAUUUUCAAAUAUUAAUGUGAAUUUUGUCUCUUAUUAUUGAUUUGUACUAGCUAAUCAUUUUUUAUCCUCUGCUGUAAUGGAAACCAUCUUAAACCUCAUAUCUUGGGGUUAAAGUCCAGCCACUUCUAAACCAUUUUAAGAGAUAAAUAAUAUUUCAAAAAUAAUUUAGAAACAGUAAGGAACAUACUGAAAAUAAAAGACUGAAAUAUCAGUUUUCCUGAAAUAUGUAAAUUAUUAAUUCCUGAAAAUACCGACAGAAAAUAAAUUUAAAAAAAAUAAUGGUAAAACUCUUAAUUUG